GAGAGGCAACCAAUGAGGGGCCUCUCUGUGGUCCCACACAGGGCAAAAUGAGCAAAUGAAAUGUCUCAUCCAUCAACUUUGUCCCUGCUGUUUGCAUAAACACGUUAGUCAUUCCCCCUUGCAGGAUCCCAGCCUGCAGCGUGGGGCUAUCACAUAUUGUCCUAGUACUAAAGCAGACCAGGCAUGUGCUCAGGAAGGGGAGCCAGAAUGAUGUUUAUGACUCUGCUCUGUCUGCUGCUACUCCUGCCUGGCUUCAGAACUCUAAUGAGAUAUCCAUCGGGCGAGCUUUUUGAUUAUUCUAGCAGACAAAGAGAUGUGGUUUCACAUACUCUUUCUUCUGGAGUCUCAGUGAGAGGUCAGCCUCGUCGGCCAACUCCGAUGCCUGAUGUCACGCACUUGGAACUACUGGUAGUGGUUGGAUCUGAUGUCCAGCGGGUCCACAACCAGGAUACCGAACGCUACAUACUCACCAACCUCAACAUCGCCUCAGAACUGUUGAGGGACAUGACUUUAGGAGCCAACAUGAGGGUGCAUCUGGUUCGCAUGAUCAUCCUGUCCGAACCAGAGUCAGAGAUCCGAAUGUCAACAAACAUCACCUCUUCUCUCCGAAGUGUGUGCGACUGGGGCUCCCGCUUAAAUCCGUCUAAUGAUACGGACCCACUGCAUGCUGAUCUCCUCUUGUACAUUACAAGGUAUGACCUGGUGUUGCCUGAUGGAAACAAGCAGGUCAGGGGAGUGACACAGCUGGGAGGUGCUUGUUCCAGUGAGUGGAGCUGUGUGAUCACAGAGGACACUGGAUUUGACCUUGGGAUCACUAUUGCUCAUGAGAUUGCACACAGUUUUGGCAUCAAUCAUGAUGGAGUGGGGAACACAUGCAGUCGGAAUGGCUUCAUGAUGGCAUCUGAUGGCGGCUACAACAGUGUGGAUCUGACCUGGUCGCCCUGUAGCAGACAUCAGCUGCUCACUUUUUUCAGCGAAGGCAAUGCUGAGUGCGUAAAGGAUCUACCAGCCGUUGAAAGCUCCCUACAGGACUGGAAGCCUGGCCUCUAUUAUGGUGUGGAUGACCAGUGUCGAAUAGCUUUUGGAAGUAAUGCAAGAAGCUGCUCAUUUACAGAUCCAGAUAUGCCAAUGUGUAGGGUUCUAUCUUGUCACACGAACACAAAUGAUGACAACUCCUGCAAACGUCUUCUAGUACCUCUGCUGGACGGGACCCAAUGUGCACCUGAUCAAUGGUGUUUGAAGGGACGUUGCGUAUCCCCGGACCAGCUCAGCACCUCGGCAGUGGUGCAUGGCUCUUGGUCCGGCUGGUCUGGGUUCUCCCACUGCUCACGAACAUGUGGCGGCGGAAUCGUUCACCGCACGCGCCAAUGUAACAACCCAAGACCCGCUUUUGGGGGAAAGGAUUGUGUGGGGAUAGAUAUUGAGGCUGAACUUUGUAACAGGCAGCCAUGUGAACGCACCCAGCUGGAUUUCAUGGCUGAGCAAUGUUCCCAAACUGAUUUCCAACCGCUAUACCUUCAUCCACACCAGGCCUCCUUCUACACCUGGAUCCCUGCAGUGGGCUUCUCACAAGGUGAUGAGCAAUGCAGAUACAUGUGCCAGUCCAAGGGAGAAGCCUUCAUCGUGAGCCGUGGAUCUCAGUUUGCUGACGGGACACGGUGCGAAGCUGAUGGCCAACUUCCUCCUGGCUCAAUAGCUGCUUGUCUGCAAGGGAAAUGUCUGCUCUUCGGCUGCGACGGCGUGUUGCACUCUGGGAAAGUGAGAGAUGUGUGUGGUUUGUGCGGUGGGGAUGGCUCUUCCUGCACACUGACCACCGAAUCUUACACUGGAGAUCAGGCAAGAGAGUACACCACUUUCUUGUCUGUGCCAUUGAAUGCUACGCAGGUUUAUAUCAUCAACAGGGCGCCUUUAUUCACUCACAUGGCUGUAUUAUAUGGAGAUCAAUAUAUUGUCUCCGGGACUGGUAGAAUGGCAUUAAAUAUGACCCAUCCCUCCCCACUGGAUGAAAACUGGUUAGAGUACCGCCUACAUCUGACUCCUGACCUCUUGCCGGAGAAGGAAGAGCUACUGCUUCCUGGACCAGUACAAGUGCAGAUCGACAUACAGGUUUAUCGCAACUAUGGAAAAGAAUAUGGAGAGAAAACAAACCCCAACAUUAGUUAUCAGUUUUAUGUUCCAAAUGAUCACAGUGACUUGACAGAAAUUAAACUUGAAGGCAUAUGGAGCCUUACGACAACACCCUGCUCUGUCUCCUGUGGCUUAGGUGUGCAGAAGCAUCAGUAUGUAUGUGUGGACAAAGACACGAAAACACAUCUGGAGGGACACCAUUGUUAUGCGUCUCCUCCACCUUUACCACAGCAUACAUCCUGUCAGCUCCCAGCCUGCCCACCAAGAUGGAUCACGGGAAAUUUUGGAUCCUGUAGCUCUUCCUGUGGUAGAGGAGAGAGAAUACGUUCUGUAACAUGUGUACAGAAACAUGGCGCGGAUGUUGUGAGGGUUCGGGAUUCAGACUGUCCAGCUGAUUCAGCUCCGAAUGCUGUUGAAAAAUGUCAUCUUCCACUUUGUCCUGCCAGGUGGCAUGUGUCAGAGGCAGGGGACUGUUCAGCGGUGUGCGGGCCAGGAGAAAUGAAAAGAAACGUGUCAUGUGUACGGCAAGAAGACGGCCAAGAAGUUGAAGUUGAUGAAAGAUUCUGCACAAAUCAAAUAAGACCUGCUAGAUCUGUGCCCUGUGUAGUGGACGUCUGUCCCAUUGGGUGGGACGUAACGCGGGAGGACCUGCCUGCUUUAAAGUCUGGCUUGAUGCCACGCUCGAGACAAGCCCCCGUGUUUGUGUGGAGUCCGGUUAUCAUUCAGUGCUCAAAGACAUGUGGCAAUGGAACGAUGCAAGUGUGGUUCUCUUGUGUGGACCAUGACACCACAUGGAUGGUACCCGAUUUCCACUGUGACCCUUCAACCAAACCUCCGCCAAAAUCUGAGAACUGUAAUACACUCCCUUGCCCUCCUAUGUGGCGAUCUAAGCCAGGCAUCUGCAGCACAACGUGUGGCGGAGGGGUUGCCAACACAGUGCUGUACUGUGCUCAGGAGAAAGAUGGAGAAGAGAAGGUACUGGAGGAUUCUGAGUGCAGGGACCUUCCAAAACCUACAGCAGUGGUGCCAUGUAACACCCACAACUGCCCGGCAAGGUGGAAGGUUCAGAGUACGUCGCCUUGCUCUCUAUCCUGUAACCUGGGUGUAGCUCACAGGAAUGUGUCCUGUGUCCAGUUUGUCCAAGGGAAGGAAACUGUGGUGCUGGAAGAGAGAUGUCAUACAUCAGUCAAACCUGCUAGCACGGUGCCAUGCCUCGUACAGGUGUGCACCUUUCGGUGGGAAGCAAAGCCAUGGAGCCAGUGUUCAGUGUCCUGUGGAUAUGGCAUCCAGUCCAGAACAGUGUCAUGCAUGGGCCCUUCGAAGCCAGAACCCCUCAGCCCACCACUGUGCAUGCACAUACCCAAGCCGAUCACCAUCCAGGGCUGCAGCAUGGACAGCUGCACGGAUCUGCCACCGAGUUCAGUAGUCACUCCAGCUAUGCAUCCUGCUUUAGAGGAUUCUCACCCGUCUCACACUCCAUAUACAAUUAGAAAACAGCACCGCAUGGGUAAUCUUCCUCUGAGUCCAUCUAAGGCAGUCACCAUCCUGCAGUCCAGGAGAGCAGCCAGUCCUUCAACUAAACCCCAUCCAUGUGGAGAGCUGCUCCUGCAAGAAUCCGACACAGUGGACUUGAGCAACAUUACUGGUUCCUGCAUGGUGGCCAUUGGCCGGCCCCUGGAUGAGGUCAUUCACGUCAAAGUCGAGUCAAGUUCCUUAAACUGCAGAAAGAGAGAAUAUGCUCUAUUUUUUGACCGACUGGCGCUUGUGAGGAAGUGCGAGCAGGCAGGAGGCAGCACGCUGACCACCAGAACCAACGUCCUUCUUGUGCGCCAGAAUCUGCUCACUUCAGGGAAUGGCAUCGUGUUCACCUACAGCUCACAGAGAAAUACGAAAAAGAGCCACCGUCAAAAUUGUGACAAGCAGCUGUUUUCCUCCAGCGGGGUAUUUGAGAAUCCAACAAACUCCGACACGAACCACACCUGUCGGGUGCUGAUCAAUGCCCCUCCCUCGGUGAAGAUAAGAAUCCAAGCAGUGCACAUCGGAUUGGUAUUCAACGCUACAAAUUCACACUCUUCAUACAUUAUGAUCCGGGACACGGACAUGCUGAAGACCAAAGUGUUUAAAGGCCCACAACUGUUUCAAUGGCACUCCUCUGGAAAUAUGGCCGAGGUUGAAUUCCAUGGAGAUUACCAGCGUACGGCGGGAAGCUUCAGAGCGGAAUAUUCUUUUGUAUAAUUUUUAAAUGUUUUGAUUUCUUCUUAAAUAGGAUUUUUUUUUUUUUACAUAUUUCUGAUAAAGCCAACUUAGCGGUUGUCAUGAGCAAGUAGAUGUAAGUGAGCAGUCAGAAUGUUGUGGUUCAAUUAGAUGUUAAAUUUAAAAAGUACAAUGUGCAAAUUUGGUUCAUAAUGUUUUUUAUAUAGGCAUUCUACAUCAUGUAACAAAAUAUAUCAUUUCUAUCAGUGAGACUCCGGUUUCGUUUCAAUAAAGUGUCCCGCCUCAAGCUCCUCAUAAACUUUACAAACAAUUAAGUUGCGCUCCCAGACUUUCAGUGCAUUGCAGAUCCUUGUCAGCGAGUGGUGCUUAAUUUCCAGCUCUCACGCAGCCUGGCAGGACCCCCGGACCUCUAAAAAA